UCUAAAAAAGGAAGGAAAAUGCUCUCCUCAAAAGCUAAUGCGGCGCUGGCACGUCUGAAGGAGAUCGAGGAAAAAUACAAGCUAAAGCGCAAGGAGCAGAAAUGGAAAGAGGACGCAGACAGCUCAAUAAGCAGCGUCUCGAUAGUUUCCUUAGAGAAUUUCUUGACAAAAUCGAAGGAAUCGCCGACGAAAGUUGCAAAACCCAAGCUUGAUAUAAAAAUGCCGGACACUCGAUUUGAGGGAGACACAGAGGAAUCGAAACUUUCGUCGGGGAGUGAGAAAACGACGCCGAGCAAAACGAGUGUAAAUUCUGCCAAAGAUGCCACAGAUGUCGACCUUGAUGCCGCGAUUCCAUUAGAUGAUAAAUCAUCGCGUUCUGUAGGAAAGCAAGAAAGUCUUAUCUCGGGCACAAUGACGAUUCUGGAGACCAGUUUGGUUGAAAGCGUGCUCGAUGACUCGAUGACUCCAUCAAAAUUACUCUCGUACUCGAAAACGUUGCAGCGAAACUCUUUCACGAUCAGCGACAGAUCUUCCGGCCACGAAGACAGAAGAAAAAUGGCCAUGAGGUCCGCAGGAAGUAGAGAAUCCGGCAAAUCAUCUGAAAUCUCAAGGGGGAAAGCGCAAUCUGACAAUUCAUCAAUCGCGGAACAAUUGAGAUUUUCCAGAAAAUCGAACGAGAAGAUUUCCAGAAUGCAUCUCGACCAGAAAAAAUGCGACCAGAUUGAGGAUAAAGCGACCAUGGAAAAGUUGAAAGAGGAGGAUUCUAAAAUUCGAGACCACUCGAAUGAUAUGGGAUCUUCGCGCGACGAUAGCAUUGUCGAGGAGUCGAUCGACACGAUGGAGAAUGGCAGUGAAAUUAUUUCGGAACUUUCCCACGCCGAGAAAAACUCUACAGCUAAAAUUGAAGAUUACAAAGGCUCUAAAGAUCUAACACAUGAAAACAUUUCCAUAAUAAUUUCAAACAGCUCGAAAGGUCUAAUGACUGAAAAUGGGUAUGUAAACGACACCUUCGAGGAUAUUUCCAGCUCAACAAUUCGAUCGCAGUGGGAGGAAAUGAUUAAUGAAAAAAAUGAAGUGGUUGAUGGAGUGAAGUCUAGGGUGAAGAAAAUCAAUAUUUCAGAAUAUGGGUCUUAUCAGGACAAUGCUAAGAAACACAGAGACGGAUCAAUUAUCGCACUUAAUGUGACGCCAAAACUAAGUUUAAUCAAGAUUGAUUCAGGAUCAUCGAACUACGUCAGUGAAAGCAUCAUCACGAAUCUAAAUGACGUGACUGUACAUUCGAUGAAAUUGUGCCAAUCUUUCGACUCAAGGAACCAAAAAAGACAUUAUCAGCAUCGAAAGGCAUUGUUUCGAAACGAGAAUGUUUCAAACGUCGUAAAUUUCAAUAAGAACACAUCGGAUUCUUCGGAGUCGUCGACCGACGACGUGACGAAGAUGAAUGAGAAAAAAAAAUCUUCAGGGAUGACUACUGUCCGGCAAGAAAGCGGCCGGAAUGAGUACGGGGGAGCAUCGAACAGAGCGAGAGAACGUGCAGUGAUAGAUGUUACCGAAUUGCCGGUAGCGAAUGACAAGAACUGGAUUGAGUCGGUAAAAUCUAAUUUGUCGUUAGAGGAUAACGGGAAGAAAAGGCAAGAGGUUUCCGAAAAGAGCUUGAAUCAAGAAAUUUCACAGGACGUCGAAUAUAUACUGAGAAAAUCGCACAAAAACCUGGCCAAGAAACACACAAACUCGAAAACCGCGACGGAAGUGUCGGAAAGCUCCUACGAUAAUAAAACCGUGUUCGAACUCCACAAUGCACUGAAAACAAGAAAAGUGACGAGAAGAGAAGAAAACGAAAGUUGCCGUUGUUCGAAAGAAAAAAACAAAGUGUCUAAUUAUAAUUGUCAUAAACAUAAUACUAAGAGGAAGAAGAAAGGAGUGAGAACAACGAAUUCAAAGUCAAUCGAAACUCGCAAUGGCAAGGAAAGUUGUAAGGAAGACAAAGCUUUGAACUUUAAUGGGAAACAAACACGCGGACUUCAAAAGCGGAUUGUCGAACUGAGAUUGCAAGAAGAACGGGAAGACCUCCAAAAGUAUCUACACAAAUUGAAGGACUUAAGACUAGAAUCGGGCUCUACUCGGAGCUAUUUCAAACCUUUGGAAUUCCCAAAGCUCGCAGAAUUUACGCAGCCUGACUUAAACAACUUGGAGUCGAAGCCGAACGAUCAGUAUCGUGAGAGAGUUUUGGCGAUUAGGCGUUGGUUGAAAGAUCAAUAUGUCUUGUAUCGUGACUACUGUACUAUGGCGCAAGCGAUCAAUGCCCACUACGUUCCCACAACGUUGGACGAUGCCAAAAAGGUUGGGAGCUUUCUUUUCUGUUCGAUGUCAUUUGUCAUCAUAUAUAAGAACAUUACUAAGCAACUUUGCUAGUUGCAUAACGCAAUAAGAUGAGCUGCACAAUGACAAAUACAAUGCUCAAGAAUAAAGAAUUAUUGUUAUAUAUUGAGAAAAUGUUUACAAUUGGAAAUCAUAUAUUGCCAUUGUAUUGAGGAAAAGUUUAUUUCUUUAUCAAUUAAAGCUGAAAUAGUAUUAUUUUUUAUAAGUGUAGUAGCAAUUAUUUUUUUAUUGCAUUAUAUAACAAAAAAUUGUACUACUAUCAAGCUUUAUUAAAAACAUUAUUAUAAAUGGAAUGUCGUAGGACUUUAUUAAAAAGUCUGUUUCAUGAAUGGGAUAAACUUAGAACAUUUAUUACGUCGUCUCACGUCGUCUACGUCAUAAAUCGAUGUUAACGUGUAAAUAGCGUGAUAAAAGCAUUGCAUAUUCUUUGACGUAACGACAUUUAAAACGAGUAGGUAAUGACGUUUACGAGAAAGCUGCGUCACGACAUUCUCUCAGGGCUUUUUGCAUAUCGAUUUUACGUAAUAAGAUUAUUAAAGGAAGAAGGGUCGGGAAAACUCUUUCACGAACCAAGGAAGCGUCUAGGCUGUGUAUGUUAACCCGCAAAUAGGUAGGCGAGAAAACAUGUUAUGACGAUGAGGACAAUGGGGACGCAAUAAGGAACCGAACAAGGAAAUGAAAGCUUAAUAGCACGACGGAUAACCAGGGACGCAAACUACCAAAACAGUUUUUCGCUUGUCUCUCGGAUAAGCCUUUGGACAAAAGUUUCUCAAACGCGAUAAAUCUUUU